GCACGAAUCAAGAGGUCACCGCCAAAUGCCCGCCUUCUUCUUCGCCUUGGGUUCUCCUUGAUCUCUCUCUUUCUAAAACUGCGGUGAAAUCUGCUAGAAAUCUUAUAAUAUUGUUCGUGGUAAUGACAUUGACGGAUUGACCGGGCACCAUUUCCAAUUUUACUUUCCCCAGUCGGUUGGUUGGAAAUGGCCGAUUCCUACACCGCCACGAAGCCGAAAACCUCGCUUUCCUUGUGCGUUGCCUGAGAGGAGCCAACUUUUGCUCUCAUUUCGUUACCAAUUAUUUUCUUAACCUUUUCCCUAAAACACGAAUCAUCGACGACGACGACGAUGAGCGAUGAAGAAACCUCGAACUGGCUUCAACGUUAGAAACAAUCAUCAGAGACACAAAUGCAUCCUCACCAAACACAGAGACGGAGAAGGAAACAACACCCCCGCCGCCGCGUUUGAACUCUUUUCUCUCCCUUUGGUCCUUUCCUUUUGGUGUCUCGUUGCCUUCUUCUGCUCCGAGCUUGAUCUCACCCUUGGCAACAACAAUGGAGGGACAUUGAAUCAUCUUAAUGAGACCGCUAUAUACAAUGCCUCCGAUGUGAACAAUAGCUACACAUAUGGACAGUUAAUAGAGUUCAAUCUGACCAUAUCAACGUGUAAUGAUUCCAUCAAGAUUAACAAUCAUCAUUUGGAAAACUCAUCUCCCGCGAUUAACAGAUUGGAGGAAGUAGUAUGGAGAGUUUUAGGGUAUACCGCCCUGGUUUGCGAUAAUCGACCUCAAGACCAACUUGAGCAAGAAGAAAAGGCAGUUCAGUUGCAGAAUGGUAAAAUUCAUUCUGCUUAUCUAAAUCUCGAUGAAUUCAGAAACAUAACAAAGCUGGAAAAAGUCGUGACAUUACCGAGUAGGCUUGUUAAUGUAACACACCGUCUUGAACUUGAUGGGACGGAAUAUAACUACGCAUCGUCGUUGAAGGGCGCUAAGGUUCUUUCUAGUAAUAAGGAAGCUAAAGGGGCAAACAGUAUUUUAGAAAAGGAUUCUGAUAAGUAUCUUAGGAAUCCUUGUUCGGUUGGAGACAAGUUUGUUGUAAUCGAACUUGCUGAAGAAACUUUAGUUGAUACUGUCAAAAUAGCAAACUUCGAACACCAUUCAUCAAACUUCAAGGAAUUUGAGUUGUCUGGUAGUCUGGUUUACCCUACGGAUGUUUGGUUCAACUUAGGAAACUUUAUCGCAGCCAAUGUGAAACAUGCCCAAAUCUUCAAAUUGCCCGAACCCAAAUGGGUUAGGUAUAUGAAGCUAAAUUUGGUCAGUCAUUAUGGGUCUGAAUUCUACUGCACACUAAACCUCCUGGAAGUUUACGGUGUGGAUGCAAUCGAACGGUUGCUUGAAGAUCUCAUCGUGGCUUCUGGUUCCAGUGAAUCACCGGUUGAUUCACUGGAAAAUCCCAAUUCAACUUCCAAUCAAGGUCUAGUUGAGCCGAAAUUGGCUGGGGAUGCUCAACAUGAGGUUGAAGCCACUGCCGCUAAAGCAGUCGAACUUGAAGACGGGCAAAAGCACAAGACAGACGUUUUGAGGAAUCUGGCCUCUGUGGUUGAGCCAGCAACAGAAGUUAGACAACAGGCGAAUGGAAGAAACCAUGCGGAUGCUGUUCUAAAGAUAUUGAUGCAGAAGGUUCGGUCCUUGGAACUGAAUUUAUCGAUUCUGGAGGAGUACAUUAAAGAACUGAACAGACGACAAGGAGACAUUCUUCCCGACCUUCAGAACGAGGUAUCGAGAUACUCGGUUAUUUUGGAGAAGAGCAAAAACGACAUCAAGGAUAUAUCGGAAUGGAAAGAGAUUGUGGAGAAACGACUAAAAUUCGAUCUUGAAUCGUGGAAAUCUGUUAUCUCCUCAGAGAUGGACGCUAUAAUAAAAGAAAACAGCAAGAUAAGAGGGGAAAUGCAGAGUCUGAAGCAGAAUCAGGCGAGCUUGGAGAGAAAAGAGAUUGCGGUGGUGGCAACUAGCUUUUGCUUUGCUUGUCUUGCGUUUCUGAAGAUAGCUUCGCAGGGAGUGUUGAAAUAUUUUGGAGGGGGCGGCGACGGUGUUGGUGUGGCUGAGUGCGAUGAUAAUAGAUUAGUGAGAACAACUAGAAAAAGAGGGUGGAUGUUGCUGCUUGUUAGUAGCUGUUUUACCCUUUUGAUUACCUUGCUUUAAAUUUCACUAGCUAGUUUAUAACUUCAUCUUGUUGUUGUAAUAGUUAGUGUAUGAAUUUUCAGCACUUUAUACAGGUUGGAAGGUUGGUUGGUUGGAUGAA